UGGAGCUGACAGAGGCAGAGCUGGUCCUCCACACCCAUCGCCGUGACGAUGUUAGGUGGCCUUACAUGUGCCUGCGUCGCUAUGGCUACGACUCCAACCUCUUCUCAUUCGAGAGCGGCCACCGCUGCAAGACGGGACCAGGAUGAGGACUGGUGGUGAGAGAGAGGGAGGGGUGGGGGUUGUGACAGGGGGGGUGGUUACUAUGGGUUCCGGUAAGUCACACUCCUUGUGUUCGCACCUCAUGCUGUGAUGAUGAAUGACAUAAUACUGUGAUUACCAGAAAUAUUAGUCAGAAAUAUAAUCAUUAUGGCAUCGUUGACUUAAGUAUGGAUUGGAUGUCCAUUUUAGUGAUUCUUUUUCUGUGGUUACAGUAUUGAUGCCUGUGUCUGACUCUGUGUGGUGUUGUGCUGUGAGAGGGAGUUUUUUUGUUUGUUUUGUUGCACAAGCAUAGCUGUGUGUUCUGUGUUUUCUCUUUGUGCAUUAUGCAGUGUUAGUUAGUUUGUCUCUAUUGUUAUGCUGUACUUAUGGUAGUUCAAAUAAAAUUUUAUUUGUCACACAUACACAUGGUUAGCAGAUGUUAAUGCGAGUGGAGCGAAAUGCUUGUGCUUCUAGUUCCGACAAUGCAGUAAUAACCAACGAGUAAUCUAACCUAACAAUUCCACAACUACUACCUAGUAAAGGGAUAAAGAAUGUGUUCCUUAUUGAUAUUUUGCUAUCUUUUCCUUGUCCUAUAUCUCUACCACUCUGUUGCCUUCCCCUACCUAGUCCAUUUAGAUCAGUGAUCACAAGGUAGACAAGGGCAUAGGUUGGAAGACCCGAUAUGUACAAACCUUUUGUAAACAUGAAGGUCUAAGCAGUGCUGAUAGUGGUUGUGCGUCUCAUUUGUCUGUAUUGCGGUCGUGCGCCCAUAUGUGAUUCCUGGGUUGUUUUUUGACUGCAAUUUCACUGUUUUGACUGUGUUUUAUUUGUUUCUUGUCUUUGCAUUUGUUUGUGUGUUUUUAGGGAUCUUUGCCUUCAAAUGUGUGCGGGCAGAGGAGAUCUUCAAUAUGCUGCAGGAGGUAAUGCACAGCCACAGCAUCAGUGUGGUGGAGGAGGCCGUGCUGGAGGCCAACCACCAGUCUGCUCUGGGCUACUCUGUCCCCACCGUGCCCAAUGGUGUCACCCGGAUCCCUUCGGUGGGCGACACCCCCUCGCACCCCUCCACGCGCCACCCGUCUGUGGCCAGCACCCGCCUGCCCUCGGUGGGAGAGGAGUCCUCACACCCCCUGCUAGUGGCUGAUGAUGCGAUCCACACCUAUGUGAACACCACAGGUCUGCUGGAUGACCAGCCUAGCCCUCUGACUGUUCCAGCCCCCCUGGACAGCCCCGACUCAGGCCAGUCCCAGUGUUCCCCUACACCCCCCCCUCCACGGGUAGCCAGACCAGAGCCUCUGCCCCCCAUGCCCCAGCUCCAGGAAGAGCCCCAGGUACUGCUCGAGCCCCUGGGGGUGCGCUUCGUGCUGGGACCCACCCCUGUGCAGAAGAAGAUGGCCAAGGGGAAGCAGUCUACUGGGGGUGGAGAUGGAGAGGAGGCAGAGGAGGACCCAGAGUCCCCAGAUCUCGGAGAGGGGGAGACAAACAGCCACACCGACACACACUGUGCCACAGAGGCCCCAGCCCUACUGGAGGGCCAGUCUCAGCCGCCCCACACACACUCCAACGGCACCUCUGUCGGGGUUACUGCCCCAAUAACAGCCCCCCGCCUCCAACGCACGCCCCCCGACACCCUGCAGAAUGUCAACAACUCAGCCCAGCGACGCACGGCCCUCUUGGACUAUGAGAACCUCCCGGCUCUGCCGCCCGUUUGGGAGACCCGCAAGCCCAGCAACGAGGAGGUGGAGAACAAUGGAGGCGGCCAGGGGGGGCUGAAGACGCCAUCCCUCAACGGCUACAACCACCACCACCACUCCUACUCCCACCCCCUGUCAGCCUACCCCUCUCUUUCGGCCAUGGAACCCUCCCACAACUACGUCAACACAGAGAAUGUGACGGCUCCUCUCAGCGCCCGCUGUGCCCCCGACAUGGUACGCCGCCGCACCGACGGACCCACCAUCUUCAACUUUGACUUCCGCCGGCCGUUGGGGCUGCUGUGUCAGGAGCCUCCCAAGACGCUCAACUACAUCGAGGUGGAGAUGGAAUCUACCACCACCUCUUCAUCCGCAGCUGCCAAGGGUGCCUCCUCAGACACCAGCAAUCCCCACACACCCCGCACCCCCACCUCGCCGCUGCCACCUACCACCCCCACGCGCCGCACCGAGCUCUACGCCUUCAUUGACAUCGAGCGCACCGCCGCCAUGUCAAGCCUGCAGAAGGCUCGGCCGCGCGACGACGGAACGUCGAGGAAAACGCGGCACAAUAGCACGGAGCUGCCCACCAAAAGCACUGUCUGACUGAACGGAUCCUCCUUGCACCUUUUUCUACUAUGAACCCCUUUAGAAAAAAAAUAUGAAAAAAAUGUGAAGGCAGUCUACACAGGGGACUUUCUUAAUAAACACAGGCCAUGGAGACAUUGGAAAUGUAUUCAAAGAGACUCCAGAAAUCGGUCUUAAAUGAGAUUUAAACAGACUUUCUGUUGUGUGUGGUUGGUUACCAAAGUAGGUACUUACUUGCGAUAUACCAAUUUAUUCCUAUGGUAAUAUAAUACCUCUUCUCCUUCACUCAUUCUUCAGUGCAUUUGGGUUGUUUAUUAUGUUAAUAAGACUGGACUGCAUUCCUCCUCACCCCCCCCCCCCCCCCCCCCCCCCUUUCUAUUGGUACAAAUCAGAAUUUUUGAACAAAGCAUUCCAUUUAGCCAUUUUGAAUGAUAUGAUUCACUACAUGCAUUGCUGCUGUAAUUUCAGUAUCUGAGGAUUACAUGGUACACUACAUGUUUCUGACUAUGUACAUUAGAUCCUGGCACAAUAAAUGUCUGUUCUGUUUUUAUGUA